AUGGGAAAAGGCGGCCACAGUGGCGGGCAAUCUCGUGCACGUGUACGGGUUAUAUUGUGCACUACGGUGGCCUUCGUGGCACUCCAAUGUCUGAGCAGAAGCGCAGGCCAUGGCUGGAUGAUGAAAGCAUGCUCAGAGCGUGCCUCAGAGCGUGCGGCAUCCGGCAGAAGAGCCUCGGUGGUCGUCACAGAUGUGGAUGGGACCUUGAUGAACUCGACCCACCAGCUUCCAGCUGCAAACUACAAGGCCCUCCGACACUGCAUGCGGCUGGGUGUUCCAGUUAUUCUGGCAACUGGCAAACAUCGCGGGCCCUGGUUUCGGCAACUGCUGGAUCAGGUCACUGACGACCAGGUACAGGCCUCGUCCAACUGGACGCUAAAUGCGCCUGGAGUCUUUGUACAAGGGCUGCGCGUAUGUGACUCCGCAGGGCAGGUCGUGUCCACCACCUUGCUUCCAGCCAGGGUGUUCGAUGCCUGUGCUCGCCUAGCAAAGCAAGAAGGGUGGACGCUAUUAGCUUACACUGAUUCUGAUCAGAUCAUCAGCAAUCAGAUGAGUCCGUUAAUCAGUUCCAUCAACGCCCUCGGUGAACCGCCUGUGCAGCUAGGCUCUGUGGACGACGGCGUCGGAAUUCACAAACUUCUUUUUCUUGGAGACCCCUCGAUGGAGGAGGCUGUCCGAGGCGAGGUGGCGGCAGCCAUUGGUGCAGAGGCAUCCCUCACCGUGGCCAUACCAGGUAUGGUUGAGGUGCUGCCAAGGGGAAUUUGCAAGGCCGACGGUGUCAGGCAAGCAUUGCAAAUGCUGGAUGUUGCUCCUUGCGACGUUCUCGCGUUGGGCGAUGGCGAGAACGAUCUGGAGAUGCUUGGAGAGAUCCGUCACAGCGGUGGCAUUGCAGCAGCCGUCCAGAAUGCACGGCCAAUUCUGAAGGAGGUUGCUGAGUACACCGUCGCUUCCUGCGACGAGGCCGGCUGGGCCCAGGCGGUGGAGCGCUGGGUUCUUGGCAUGCCCGACGGCUCCCUGCUUGGGGACGCCUCGGAUCUGACUGACUCCGCAGUCUCCCCGCGUGAGAAAUAG